ACCUCCCCUCCCUCUUCUCCGCCGCCGCCAAUCCGCCAUGGCUCCGAAGAAGGACAAGGCUCCGCUGCCGUCGUCCAAGCCCGCCAAGUCCGGCGGUGGCAAGCAGAAGAAGAAGAAGUGGAGCAAGGGGAAGCAAAAGGAGAAGGUGAACAACUCGGUGCUGUUCGACCAGGCCACCUACGACAAGCUGCUCUCCGAGGUGCCCAAGUACAAGCAGAUCACCCCCUCCGUCCUCUCCGAACGUCUCAGGAUUAAUGGAUCCUUGGCUAGGAGGGCUAUCAAGGACCUGAUGGCAAGGGGCCUAAUAAGGAUGGUCUCCGUUCAUUGCAGCCAACAGAUUUAUACCAGGGCAACAAACACAUGAUGUUGUUAUACACCAUCUUUUUCUAGUCUAAUAGACCUUAUGUUGCCGUUCUAUUGAGUUUAUUUUCAGUGAUGCACUUGUUGGUGUUGAAUUGCCCCAGUUAUGUUAUAUGUUUUGAGAUUUUGGCAAUUUGGUAAGGUGAUGUUAUCUAGGUGUCUAUCAACUUGCGUGAUUAAUUUGCACCUUAUAGACUGCGGCACUGUGUCUGGCAUUUUUCUGUUCCA